AGCAAAAUUUCGGAAGAGGAGAUGCUGAGAUGGAGCAAGGAAGACCUGGUGAAAAGACUGAGGAAAGUGGAGAAUGAAAAGAUGAACUUAAUGGUGGAACACGGCAACUUAAUGAAGGACGUGAACCGGCGGCUGCAGCUCCACCUGCACGAGAUCCGCGGGCUGAAGGAGGUGAACCAGAAGUUGCAGGACGACAACCAGGAGCUGAGGGAGCUCUGCUGCUUCUUGGACGACGACCGGCAGAAAGGCAAGAAGCUGUCGAGGGAAUGGCAGCGCUUCGGGAGACACACGGCCAGCGUGAUGUGGAAGGAGGUGGGCAUGUACCAGCAGAAGCUGAAGGACCUGGAGGCGAGGCAGGAGACGCUCCUGCGGGAGAACGUGGAGUUGAAGGAGAUGGUCCUUGAGGUCCAUGAAAAUUUGGACAGGCAAAUGCAAGACAACUAUGAAGAAGACCUGAGUGAAAAGGAGAAGGCGAUUGUUCGUGAAAUGUGCAAUGUCGUCUGGCGAAAGCUGGGUGAUGCUGCAAGCUCCAAACCUUCCAUCAGGCAACAUCUUUCAGGAAACCAGUUCAAGGGUCCCUUGUAA